GAUUGAGAGAGAGAAAAACAGAGGAAAAAUAAAAAUGAAACUUUUUCCUACUUUGAACUAAUUAUAUGUGCCGCCAUAUUAUCAAAUAACGUAUUGUAGUAUAUUCAUAUGCGGUUGCUUUAAAAAUUCUGUGCUCUGUCAAAUAAAGUUUGUGACAGUAAUAUUGUUAUUCAUUGCAAGUGUUUGGCUUGAUAAAUAAUUAUAGUAUAGUCCGAACUCUUUUGUUUUGCUCAUUAUAGUUACGUAGACUUUUUUUGCGUAUAUCAUGGCGAUCUAUUUCAUUAUUAUCUCAGCGUUCAUUUAGAGGUUAAUUUGUUUCUCGAAAAAGAAAGAAAAAUUUAAUAACGAUAUUAUAAUUAAAGUAGUGGUGAAAUAAAUGAGUAAUGAUAAAAACUCAACAAGUGAAAUAUUAAAGAGCAAAAUGUUGACAGAACAAAUUGUAGUUUCUGAAUCAUCGACUGGCGAUGCAUUACCAUUAGGAUUUAUAACCGCUGAAGAUGGUCGAACUCUUUUAGCAGUAGCAGAACAUGAAGAUGGUGUUUUAGCAAUUAUGUCAACACCUGUAGCAUUUAUGCAGCAGAAUAAUAUUAUUUCACCGUCAUUAGUUAAAACCAUAGAUGGAAAUAUGAUUGUGCAUCCUCCUGUUUUUCAAAUAAGUAUCGAAGGUUUUACUGGGAUUCAACAAGGUGCUAUAUUACCGAUACAAACAUUAGAAACAGUUCCUGCUGUUAUGGAAGAUGUACCAAGUUGCGCAGGAUCCAUAGUUCCUCUGUCAACGGAUUUAGCAGUAAAUAAUAAAGAACAAAACUUUUCUUCCGAGUUAAAUACAAAUCAACCUACCAUUCAAAAAAAUAAUACUAAACGCAAUCCUGGUAGGCCAAGAAAAAAUGAAAUCAUUUCAUCUUAUAAUGCAGAUGAUAUGAAAUGCAAUGUCUGUGGGCAAGAAUUUGAUAAACAAUCUCUAUAUCGGAAACAUAUGGAUCAGCAUGCAGAGGAAAAACCACAUCGUUGUCCGAAGUGUUCUGCAUCCUUUAAUAUUCCGACAAAUUUCACGCUUCACAUGGCAACACAUAAUACUGGAGAACCAAAAUGUCCCGAAUGUGGUAGGAAAUUUGCUAGGAUGGCCAGUUUAAAAUCUCAUAUGUCGUUGCAUGUGAAAGAAGAAAAUCUUUUUUGUACGGAAUGCGAAGAUGCCUUUCCAACGAAAGCUCAAUUGGAUGCACACUUGAAAUUACAUGGAGAAAAAUCAUUGACGGAGGAAGUAAGAAAGUGUAAGAUUUGCAAUAAGCAAUUCAUGCAGUCAGCUUUAUAUAGACUUCAUAUUCGUGAACAUUACAAGAAACAAUAG